AUGUCUUUGGAGGCGGAUAUACCAAUAGAUAUUCAAGAGGGGGAGGAGUUUAGUGCGAUGAUUCAGAGCGAACACAGUUUGAUUGGUCGGCUCUUGAACCCGGAAUGCCAAAAUAUGGCUCGUAUGCUCUUGACGAUGCCAACGAUCUGGAAGGUUUAUGAAAGAGCGAGGGGUAUCGCUCUGUCUCGAGAAAGAUUCUAG